CGGGGAAUGAUGGGAGGGUCUCGAGAUAAUUAUUGAUCCAAGGGAUGAACAUGAAGACAUACGACCUACAGUACUUCUUCUUCUAGGAAGAUUUUCCGAUAGUGAAGAACAGACUAUGUUUCAGACGGGCGGCAGCAGCUCUUCCGGGUCCGGGUUGCGGAAGGUGGGGCAGCUGCGGCCAAAGCCGUUCCGGACGGACACCUAUCUCGAGGAGAUCGGGCGCCGAACGUUGGCACAAAUCUACGCGGACCAGCACGCACCAGAGAAGGAGGUGGAGCUCGUCGCCCUCACCACCGCGGAGAACGUGUACCGGAUUUUUCUGGCGGUAUGGACGCAGGUUUGUCACGACCUUCAGGGGAGCGGCGCCGCACUGGCGGUGCCUCACGUGGGUACGUUUCUCCACAUGCAGGGCGCGUCAUCCUCGUCCGGCGCUCCGGUGCCCAGCACCUGCGACUUGAUCUUCGACCGACCCAGCUUCAGCGAGGACCAUACCUUUCGCGAGGGGCAGUUGAUCAGCGGGGGACCGGUGAUGAAGUACCAGAGAAGUAAAGUGUACAAGCUGCUGCACGAGUAUCCAAGGAAAAAACUGACGAGUGAAAACUGAGUGGAAACGUUGUAAGUAUCUUUGCAUUUUUGCAAAAUAACAUGGAUCACGUUCUUGCAACACAGCUGUACAGGCUUGUCAUGCGGACAUCUCUGCGCGAAGAACUUGAGUUUGACGCACUAGCCCUGUGUGACGAUUCUAUUUGUUUCUUGCUCCAUAAAGCAAACGCAGCGUUGGUGCUACUCGCUUCAAAAAAGUUUUACACGAUCAACACAGUUUUUUCUUUGUGCAUAUCGAGUUGCCCUCGGAUUUCAUCGAUCUCGUCCACGACCACGUGCUGGAGACCAUAGGUUGGGCGUGCAACUCCUACGCCACGGUCUUUCUCGAUUUGGCACCUCUGGGAAAGCUGAAGUGCGACGAGUCGCGCAAGCUCACGUUUGAGCCCUAUGAUUUCCUUUCCAGGCCAAAGUUUCAGGUGCAAUCUUCCCUAACAAAGAAAUCGGUGGCGUCUUUCGUGCCAGCACCACCACCAGAUGACGCUACCAGCCCCUCUGCCGACAAGGACGGCGGAAAAGGGUAAUUUUUAGCUAUUUUGAAUUGUAUAUUUUUACGUGUUGUUGUACCUCAAAUCUCUGUUAACGCACGCAUGGUUUCUCUCUACGCAUGAAUAACUUGAGAAAGAGCGACGGACUCAUCCUCUCUGUGUGGUACGGAUUUUUAGUAAAAGAAAUGCUUUUGUGUUUUUAUGUGCCGGAUUCGGAUAAGAAACCAACUUGGAAUUAUGGGUGUAGUACCCGUUUGUGCGUUUUUUUCAAAAUUGCUUCAUUGGUUUUAUCAGGUCUACGACGUCGUCAACAAUCUUGCCAGCACUCCUCACCAAGGACGAGGUGACGCGGUCCAUGGGCGAUCUGCCCCAGCGGGUGCUCGAGAACACAUCAUUCCCGGAGGAGGCGCCAAAAAUGAAGCAGGUAGCGAGCGCGAGCCAUCUGUUUCCGCCGCUCCUGGACGUGUUUAGCCGGACGCGUUGCGCCCCCAUCCGGGACGAGCUCGAGAAGGGCGCGAUAAGUGGGAACAUAGGUAUCCACUACAGUCCCCUAGCCGGGCUGCUCAAACUAGACCCCGAGCGCAAUCCCGACAUCUCGUCGUCCUCGCUGGAGUGGCGGGUCGACCGAGCAAAAAAUAUGGCCCAGCACGACCUCGAGAAAAAUUUCGCCACCAUUCACCAAACGUUUCUGCGGAACGACGAGAGCCAGCAGUACUGGGAGAAGCAGUAUUCUGAGUAAAAACGUCCCCACCCCAGAGUCAAGAUGGGGAUUUUGCAACACAAACCUUGAAGUUUUGGGAACCGCGCAUGACAAAUUGCAGGCUGUAGUGUAGUGCAGUUUAGCAAGGGAAGCCGCAUCACAAAUCCAUCUCCUUAUCCUGUUUAUAGCAUUACAAGUUCCAAAACACGAUUGGAAAUUCUUCUCAUGGGGAUGCGCAUUACAAGCGCUCUUGUGCUUGCAGAUCUGCAUUACAACUCUGGGGUGGGUACGUUUUUACUCAGGAUAAGCAGCUCGGGCUCUUCAUCGAGGAGGGGUCCCCCAUUGCCGAGCAGGUGGACGAAGCCGAGCUGCUGACUAUCAGAAUGAAAAAUGCCCCCACCCCCGAACUUGAAAGCAUUUGCAUUGCAAACCUUUCCAAAUGAAACAUUCGCCCUCUUGCACCAAUCAGCAUCACAGGUUUCCAAUCGUGAAUGGCGAAAAUUUGUAUUGCAAAAGACCCCAGCAAGAGCGGCGCUUGUUAUGCAAGCGAUGCGAUACACGCCUAGACUCUGCAUCAGAAAGAUUCGUACUCCUUUCAUGCAUGACAAAAAGUUUUCAUUUGGAAACUUCGCAUCACAAAUUUUGCUGAAACAAAUUUGGAAACUUCGCAUCACAAAUUUUUGCAAUUUGAGGGGUGGGGGGCACUUUUCACUGUAAUACUGACGCGCAAGGAUUUUCUGGGAACCCUGGUCCGCUACCAGCACUACGUGAACGCGGUGCCGACGGAAACAAUAGCCCCGUACAACAAGCAAUGGUUCGAUAACGUAAACCUUCUGGUUGGCGAUCAGUUGCUGCAGGGCACGGCGCCGCGCGUGGUCAAGCAAAUGCGCGACGAGCUGAUAGCGGAAUACUACCAGGGGUGCAAAAAAGCCGUGUGCAAUUACUGCUUUCUGGACGAGUCCACGCGGCAGCGCACCGCGGUGUUGAUUUUCCCCGAGCUGGUCUCGCCCUGGGGCGAGGUUCGCUUCCCACUCGAGAUUGCCUCCAGCUUCGGCGUCGACGAAGCCACGGGCAAGAACCUGCUCUCCGAGUGGGAAGAGCUGGAGCGCAUGCAGCUGCUCGACGUGUUCGUGGGCAACACGCAGGCCGCCAAAGAGCUUUUAGAGGUGUUCCACCUGGACUACGUAGACCUGUGUCUCGCCGACCUGCCUAAGCGUGGCGCCCUAGGAGACAUCGAGGCGUUCCGCCUGCAGCAAGAGCGGUUCCGGGACUUAACCGUGAAGCGGUUUGCGGAGGAGUGGAACCUGCGGGUCCUGCAAAUUGUGCGCGAGGAAAUCGAGAACAACCCGGAGCUGGACGAAAAAUCCAUGGGCCACCCGCACCUGGCACUCCUCAACAGCGGCGACGGGACGGAGGACGCGACUGGUGCUACACCCAGCACCAUCACCACCAAGCUCGAGCUCUUCCACGACAGCAUCGCGGUGCUGUGCUCCUUGCAGCUGCGCCACGUAAUUCAGCGGUCGCUGGAGGACUACGUGGCUUUUAUCUCGCGGUUCGGCGGGAGCAAGCCGCUGACGGUGAAUGAGGUGCUGGCGCUGACCGACCAGGAUAAGUGGGAGGAAUCUUUUCUGAUCAACAAGCUGACGGCGGACGCCAAAGGCGACGCCAUCAAGUUUCGCAAUCCGCUCGAGUCCGUGCAGGAGAAGCUGCUCCGCGUGUUCCGGGAGAUGGUGGUGUGUCUGAACACCAUGCAGCGGCCGGACAACCAGAUCGCGGAGAGCCCCGAGGAGAGGUGUCUGUGGCCCGUGAAAGAGCAGGAGACCGACAUCCAAAAGCAAUUCCAGGAGAUCGAGCAAACCAUCAGCAUGAACCUCUCAAACGUGCGGGAGGCGCUGCACCUGUACGACGACUACCUCUUCCUCCUGGGCGAGCAGCAGCGCGUCUCGCAACCCUUUGUGGACAUGGAGCUCCAGGGCUUCUUCUUCGAGGCCGACCUGGCGGCGAAGAAGAAGGACACGGGGAAGGAAAAGGACAAAAAGAAGGUCAAAGAGCCUGAGCGCAAGUCGCGAGAGGACUACGAGGAGUACGUGACGAAACUGCGGGACGCCAUGGAGCAUAUGCAGACGCACUUCCCGUCGCUGAUCCGCAUGCGCAUGGUCACGCUGGACUGCCGCGAGAUCAACGACUUGCUGUGCCAGUCCUGCAAGAGCUGCAUCGACCUGGUGCUGGAGAGCAUGGUGAGCAAGAUCACGGACCGCAACCACCGGCUCUACAAGCGGUUCGAGUACAUCGAGAGCCGGCUGUCGCGCAAGGCCACCACGGAGGAGGGGCUGGUCGAGAUCGAGACCGACCUGGACGAGUUCCGCCGCACGGACGUGCCACUGCUGUUGCAGGAGUACGCGGACAUUCGGGAGUGGACCAACCUGGUGGCCACGCUGGAGGCGCCCAUGUCGGAGAAGGACCACAAGGCGCUGUUCGACUCCAGCCGGUGGAUCAAGUACACCGACCGCCUGAACGAGCGGCAGCAGGAGCUGGACAACGAGCGCGACAACAUCGAGGACGCGUUCCUGCGGGAGCGGACCAAGUUUCAGGAGUGGCUCGAGUCCGUGGACAAGAAGGUUGAAAAGUUCAAGGACUACGGCAACAUCCGGCAGUGCGACGAGUACCUGGAGAAGAUCCAGAUGGUGAAGGACCUCUUCGUACAGGUGGACGAGAAGGCGGAGGAGAUCGCGAACAAGGAGGAGAUGCUGGGGUGGGACAUCACCGAGUUCGAGCUCCUGGGCACCAUGAAGGGGAAGCUGGAGCCGUUCGAGAACCUGUGGCUGACCUGCCGGGACCACAACAAGCAGUACCAGCAGUGGUUCAAGGGCCCCCUGUUCUCCAUCGACGCCGAGACCGCGGAGAGCGACGCCGCCAAGAUGUGGCGCACGGCCUACAAGCUGCAGGCCCUGUUCAAGGACGGCGACCAGAAGGCAGAGGGCCCCUUCGAGGUGGCCAAAAAGAUCAAGGAGGAGCUGGACCACUUCAAGGAGAAGGUGCCCGUGCUCACGGCGCUCUGCAACAAGGGGCUCAAGGAGCGGCACUGGGAGAAGAUCUCCGGGAUCGUGGGCUUCCAGAUCGAGCCGGACAACUCGUUCACUCUCACCCGGGUGCUGGACAUGGACAUCGAGAAGCACGCAAAGGAUUUGGAGGACAUCAGCGAGUCGGCGUCCAAGGAGUUCCAGAUCGAGAAGUCGCUGGACACGCAGGAGGAGGAGUGGGCGCCGCUCAUCGCGGAGUUCAAGCCGUGGAAGGACACGGGGACCUACAUCCUCGCGGGGACCACGGUGGAGGCGGUGCAGGGGCUGCUGGACGACCACAUCAUCAAGGUGCAGACCAUGAAAGGCUCGCCGUUCGCGAAGUUUUUCGCGGAGCGCAUGAAGGACUGGGAGGAGUUCCUGAUCACGGUGCAGGACAUCAUCGACAUCUGGCUCAAGGUGCAGUCCGUGUGGCUGUACCUGGAGCCGAUCUUCAGCUCGGAGGACAUCAUGAAGCAGAUGCCCGUGGAGGGCAAGAAGUUUCGCGACGUGGACCGCACGUGGCGCGAGAUGAUGGAGGAGUGCCUGGCGGACCCGCCCGCCACCACGGUGUUCCGCAUUGAGGGGCUGCUGGACCGGUUGAACGACUGCCACCAGAAGCUGGAGGACGUCCAGAAGGGGCUCAACGACUACCUGGAGACGAAGCGGCUCUACUUCCCGAGGUUCUUUUUCCUGUCCAACGACAACUUGCUGGAGAUCUUGUCCGAGACCAAGGACCCCACGCGCAUUCAGCCGCACUUGAAAAAGUGCUUCGAGGGCAUCCAGUCGCUCACCUUCGACGAGAAGAAGCGCAUCACGCAGAUGGUCGCGACGGAAAAGGAAAUCGUUCCCUAUAACUCGCUCAGGUGUUACAAUCUCAAACGUUACAUUAGAAUUUGGAAUUUGUGUUGCAAAAUCCGCAGCAUCUGGCUUACUCCCAAAGGAGCGCGCAUGACAAGUUUCGGAGCCCCAAAUCCCAUGAGAAUCUGACAAAAUUUGUAUUGCGAAAAGCCCAAGUCUCUGUAUGGUACUCAUGCUGUUCAUGCAGGACAAAUUCCAGACUCUGUUGUAACGUUUGAGAUUGUAACAUCUGAGCAAGCCAUAUUCCCCUGCAGAAGCACGAGGACAAGGCCGGCGUAGGGGAUGUGACGGGCAAGCUGAAACCCUUCAUGGUCGAGCCCGCAAAAGCCCGGGGCAACGUCGAGGUGUGGCUGGUGGAACUCGAGGACGCCAUGAACACGGCCAUCCGAGCGGUCACCUUUGCCAGUAAGGACGACUACCCGACCAAAAAGUUCUCCGAAUGGCUGCAGCUCUGGCCAGGUAAAAUCCAUCGAUUUUUUCAUGCGACCAGAAGUACUACUCAUCCAAAGAACCUUGUUCGCAAAUCCAUGCAUUGCUCCAUUCACAACUGACAAAAAACGUUUCAGGUAUGACGGUGAUCGGCGUGUUUAAUAUGUACUGGACGCUGGACAUCCAGAACGGGUUGGACGAUGUGGGUAACGAGUUCUUCGUCGGCUACGGUGUGAAGAUGAAGGACACCCUACGGGAGAUCAUUGAUUUGGUGCGUGGGGAGGUGCCGAAGGUGGUGCGUUGCACGCUGGAGGCGCUGAUCGUCAUUUAUGUGCACAACCAGGACACGGUGGACCAACUGCACGAGAUGGGGAUCGCGAGCAGCAACGAUUUUGACUGGCUGGUCCAACUGCGAUACUUUGCGGAGCCGAACGCGGAUAAGGGGGACCGGCCCGACAUCUUCGUGCGCAUCUCCAACUCGCAUUUGGGCUACGCCUACGAGUACCUAGGGAACAGCUCGCGUCUGGUGGUCACCCCGCUGACGGAUCGCUGCUACCGGACGUGCUGCGGCGCCCUCCACCUGGGGUACGGUGCGGCGCCCGAGGGGCCGGCCGGAACCGGGAAGACCGAGACCGUCAAGGAUUUGGCAAAGGCGCUCGCGCGGUUCUGCGUCGUGUUCAACUGCUCCGACGGGUUGGACUACAUCGCGAUGGGGAAAUUCUUCAAGGGGCUCGCGGCCUCCGGGGGCUGGGCGUGCUUCGAUGAGUUUAACCGCAUCGACGUCGAGGUGCUCUCCGUGGUUGCGCAGCAGAUCAUGAGUAUCCAGAACGCGAUCAAGGCGCGGAAGACGCACUUUGACUUCGAGGGCACGUACUUACCCUGCAAGUGGACCGCCAACUCGUUCAUCACGAUGAACCCCGGUUACGCCGGGCGUGCGGAACUUCCGGACAACCUGAAGGCGCUGUUCCGCACGGUGGCGAUGAUGGUGCCGGAUUACGCGAUGAUUGCGGAGAUCAAGCUCUACGCCUACGGGUACGAGGAUUCCCGGUCGCUGGCGCAGAAGAUCGUGACGACCUACAAGCUGUGCUCCGAACAGCUCUCCUCGCAGGUGCACUACGAUUACGGCAUGCGCGCGGUGUUCUCGGUGCUGGUCGCCGCGGGAAAUCUGAAGCGAAAGCGGGCCGGCGAGAGCGAGUCGGUGCUCAUGUUGCAGUCCAUUAACGACGUCAACUUGGCGAAGUUUCUGGCUUUCGACGUACCCCUCUUUGGGGGGAUCAAGUCCGAUCUCUUCCCCGGGGUGGUGCUGCCUCAGCCCGACUACAGCAAACUCAUCGACGCCGUGUCAUUCCAUUUGCAGAAGGACGCGUGCAAGCCGGACGAAUACUUCUUGACCAAAGUCGUGCAGUUCUAUGAGACCCACAUCGUGCGGCACUCUCUCAUGAUCGUUGGGUUGCCCUACUCCGGAAAGACGACACAGGUACAAAUUUGUUUCGGCGAACAUAAUCUUUCUCGGCAUAGAAAAUUUUCAGAGAUGGAACCGAAGACAACUAGAAUACAUAGAUAGUACUGGGAAGUGCCUGGAUUAGAGCGACUUCGAAGUCGUGUCCGAAAAUAUUUGGAGCAACAGUGAAAAAUUACGAGUUGUAAGUAAAAAUUUUCACGAAAGGAUUUUGCUUUUGCAGUUGAUUGUUGCCAUUGUACUGCGGGAUGCAAAGUUUCAUGGCGCCCAUUUUUAGGCUCCACAAAUAAAGACGCAUAUUAUCAGUAUUCAUCACUAGCACUAUGAUCAAUCAAUGAAGAAGCAAUGCCCGCAGUUAAAGAAGCUGCAUCCUUUGUAUUUGCGACGCAUUGGCUCUACGUCGUUGCGAUUGAUUCGCAUUUGGAUUUGCCGCCGCAUGAUUACAUCGACAUUGAUUUUCAUGAAUCACACCCCGUCACCAGGUGUUGAGCCUGCAAAAGGCUCUAACGGACUUGGCCAAUAGCGGAGACAUGCACCCGGGGGAGAUCGUGCAUCAAGUGCGCCUGAAUGCGAAGAGUAUUCCACCGAGGGACCUGUACGGGUGCUUUGACGAAGUUUCCCACGAGUGGACCGACGGCGUCGUGCCAGUGCUGUUCCGGGAGUUCGCGCGCAACCAGACCGAGGAACGGAAAUGGUUGGUGUUCGACGGACCGGUCGACGCGAUCUGGAUCGAGGACAUGAACACGGUGAUGGACGAGAACAAGAAGCUGUGCCUCACCUCCGGGGAGAUUAUCGCGAUGAGCCCGAACAUGCGGAUCGUGAUCGAGCCGAUGGACGUGGAGGUGGCGUCUCCGGCGACCAUUUCGCGCAACGGGAUGGUGUACUGCGAGCCGCACCUGAUGGGGUUCCAGCACCUGGUGGACAAGUUUAUCGCCACGGGGCUGCCCGACUUUUUGACCGACGCGGAGCAGUCGGAGGUGGUAGAGAUGACCAACUGGCUGCUUGGCCCCUGCAUCCGGUACGUGAAGGCCCAGUGCCAGGUGGUCUCGCCCUCGUUGGACCAGAACCUGGUUCAGUCCUUCCUGCUGCUCUACAUGUCGCUGAUCCGCGACGCGCUGGAGCACGAAAACUUCGUGAAAAACGAGGGCAACAUCUCGGCGACCGAGAUCGCGUCCAAGAACAUCAUCACCAUGAUCGAUUGCUACGCGAUCUUCGCCAUCACUUUUUCCUGCGGCGCCGCGUGCAACACGGAGUCGUAUCCUGAGUCGAAACGUACCAGCGCUGUAGAAACGUUCGGGAAAUACAAUCGUUCCAGUCUGCACAUGCAAAUCCAGCACUUGAAGGAACUAGUUAUACGCGCGCGCGUCUUGAAAUUUCUUGCCGUUUUUGUGUGGCCAGGGGCUUUUGUUUGUAUGAAUUAAUAUGAGUUACAUCCUUUUUGCAGCAUACUGAUAAUGACAAAUGCUCAAAACAAACGACGAGGACUAGAAGUGCCUCUCGUGGGCAGGUGCAGCAUUUUUGACACGACACCUGUUCCUGCAGAUGCAAAAAAACUGUGUGACGACAAACAUCCACGACAACUCUGCAGUGGGUACGUUUUUCCUCAGGAUGAGUCGAAGCCACUGUUCAGCAAGUUUUUGCAGAAGCUGCUGGCGAACCAGGUGGACGACGCGAAGGCGUUCAAGAAGGUGAACCCGCCUAUCCCGGACCGUAUCAAAUGCAAAUAUGUCUGGGUCUGGAAGAGUCAUGCUGUUUUGGCAUGACACAGAAGGUCUGGUAUGGUAGCUCUAGCAUCACAGUUUUCGAGAAACUUUCGCAAUGCCAAAUCCGCAUGACAAAUCCCCCAUUUUGGUGGCAGAAACUGAGCAGCUUUUGCUACAUAUGCAUGAAAGAUUUUUCUGUGUCCUGAAAUGCGCAUCGCGAGUUUGUAUUCUUCCAGACCCAGACAUUUUUACAUUUGAUAGACCGCGGGGUGGUGUUCGACUACAUGUGGGACCCGGACUAUGAGACUGUCAGAAUCGAAAUCGACAAAAUCGAAAAACUUGCAAUGCGUAAUAAAAUGUAGGGCACGCGUGGCCUGUGUUGGAGAGCAGGCAAAUGAGACCGAUUGUAAGCCUGUGUAGAGGAGGACGAUGUGCUGCCGGAGUAGCAUGACAGGAGCAGUCUGCUUUGCCCGAACAGCAUGACAAACUGGAUUUUUGUGCUCCCGAAAUUUGUCAUGCGCCACUUGAAAACUGAGGCUUCAACUGGUUUCGAUUUUGUGCAUCACAAAUUUUUCGAUUUUGUCAAUUUCGAUUCUGGCACUUCCAUACGGACUCCCUGAACUGGAAGAACUGGACCGAGACCGUGCCGGACCAGCAGAUUCCCAACACCGCGCAGGCACACACGCUGCUGAUCCAGACCACGGACAGCAUCCGCUACCAGCACAUCAUCCGCCACUGCAUCGCGCACGAGAUCAAGCUGCUCUUCUGCGGCCCCACCGGGACGGGCAAGACGGCCUACAUGGAGCAGCAGCUCCUCGCCAUGGACAAGGACAGCUACAUGCCCAUCUUCGUCGGGUUUUCCGCCAAGUCCCGGUGCGCGCAGGUGCAGGACCUGAUCGACGGCAAGCUGGACCGCCGCCGCAAGGGCGUGUUCGGCCCGGCGAUGAACCGCAAGGCGCUGAUCAUGAUCGACGACCUGAACAUAUCGAAGAAAAAAGUGUGAACGUUAACGAGUUAUUUCACAGAUUGCAGUCACUCAUGAGAAAUUUUGCCUAGCAUGCAUGCUAUGUAAUGCAAAUUUAUUCGCCACCUUUCUGAUGCAUUUCGGCAUCACAGAUUCCGUUCCUAACGUUAACACUUUUUCCUGUGAUAGAACAUGCCGGUGAAGGAGAAGUACGGGGCGCAGCCGCCGAUCGAGAUCCUGCGGCAGAUGAUCGACAAGAUCGCGUACGCGCCCUUCGGCGGGUGGUACGACCGCAAGGACGCGACGCAUCCCUUCCGCGGCAUCGUCGACUGCAUCAUGUUCGCCGCCAUGGGGCUGCCCGGCGGCGGCCGCACCUUCAUCACGCCCAGGUUCGCCAGCCACUUCGUGCUCAUCGGGUUCCCGAACCUGGACGACGAGAACAUGUCCAAGAUCUUCCAAACCAUCGUCGACUGGAAGUUCGGCAUGGAGGGGUACAACUUGUUGCACACAUUUUUGUGCUUCAAUUGUUACAUGUCAUCAGGAACCUGUUAUUGUUAAGAUCAGCUUUUAAUUUUAUAGUUGUCUCGUCGUAUCUGUAUCCACUUGUUAGUUGUGGUCAAAGUCUUCAGAUUGAGUUGCGGUUUUUUUUUUGAGCUUCCUCGGAAGCUGCUGCCUGCUGCACGAAUGCAGGCUGAGAUAAUUUACAGGGUCCUGCUUGUUUUCUAUCUAAGGCUCGUUCCUCUGAAGAUGUUUUCAAAACUUGCCAAGGUACCCCGGCGAGGUUACUGGGAAUGCAAAGAAGAUCGUGUUGGGCACGCUGGAGAUGUACAAAGCGGCGGUUUCGCAGCUGCUGCCGACGCCGCUGAAGGUGCACUACACGUUCAACUUGCGCGAUUUUUCGAAGAUCAUCCUGGGUUUCCUGCAAAUGGACAAGGACGGUUUCGGGGAGGAUGCGGGCAACCGCAGUAUCCGGCUGUGGGUGCACGAGUGCUGGCGGAUCCUGGGCGACCGCUUGGUAUUUGAGGAGGACCGAAAGCUGAUGCUGGAUGAGAUCCGGGAAAUCACGAAGCGGUCCUUCGGGAAGGGCUUUGACGAGGUGAUGAAGCCCUACGAUAUGAACAAGGACAACAAGGUGAACACCAUCGCGGAACUCCGGUACCUCAUCUUCGGCGACAUGCUCUCACCCCCGGCCGCACCCAAGCGACCCUACCGGGAGUGCAUGGAUUUCCAGCAGCUACAAGACACGGUCGAGGCACACCUAGACGAAUACAACAACAUGACCACCAACAAAAUGAACUUGGUAUCAAAUCUGUCUACGUACUCUUGUGUUUCAUACCAACCUGCUUUUCCACUUUUUUUUCAGGAACAGAGAUCAUGCUACGGAACUGUUUUAGUUUUUGUUGGCGAUGCAAGGAGAGCGUAUGCUGUGGUUGGGUAAAAAAAACCCUCAAGUGGAGGUCGUAUGACUUUGCAAACGUAUCCUGAAUACUUGAUACUUGUCCAGGUAUGCUUCUUGUACAUGCUGGAGCACUUGUCGCGGGUUGCGCGGGUGGUUCGGACGCCCGGUGGCAACGCCCUUCUGGUCGGUGUGGGGGGUUCCGGGCGCCAGUCGUGCACGAAGUUGGCGUCCUUCCUGGCGGAUUACACCAUCUUCCAGAUCGAGAUCGCAAAGGGCUACGACAUCAUUGCGUUCCGGGAGGACAUCAAAAAACUCCUGACGAACGCAGGCGGAAAGGGCGAAUCCACGGUGUUCCUGUUCACGGACUCGCAGAUCAAAGACGAGGGUUUCGUGGAGGAUAUCAACAACCUGCUGAACUCCGGCGAGGUGCCCAACCUGUUCGCGGCCGACGAGCGCAUGAACCUGUGCGAGCUGGUCCGCCCCGCCGCGAAACAGGAGGGAAAAUGCCUGUCCGGCGCGCCGGCGGAGCUGUACGCCUACUUCAUCUCGCGGGUCCGCACCCUGAUGAAGGUCGUGCUUUGCUUCUCGCCCAUCGGGGACUCCUGGCGGGCGCGGCUGCGCCAGUUUCCCAGCUUGGUGAACUGCUGCGUGAUCGACUGGUACACGGAGUGGCCGGCGGACGCACUGAUCGCUAUCCAAUGCAAAUAUGUCUGGGUCUGGAAGAUUGCGAGAUUUGUCAUGCUAGUCUGGCAUGACUCUGCACUCUGUAUUGCGUGGCCACCAAGAGGUUCUCUUGCCUGUCAUGCAAAAGCGCAUUUUCUCAUGCGAAAUACGCAUCACAAAAGCACGAAAAAACUUGUCAUGCUUGGCGGCGCAUUACAGAUCACGGACUUGCAUCACAAGUUUUCAGACCCAGACACUUUUGCAAUCCAUAAUCGCGGUUGCGACCCGAUUCUUGAAGGAGGAACAGAUGGACGAGAAGACGUGCGAGUCCUGCGUCGAGAUGUGCUCGGUGUUCCACUCGGAAUCCACCAAGCUCGCCGUGCGCUUCAAGGACGAGCUGAAGCGCAUGUACUACGCCACGCCCACAUCCUUCCUGGAGUUGAUCGCCACCUUCAAGACCCUUCUGAACGAGAAGCGCAAGGAGGUUUCCGACCUGAAAAGCAAGUACGACGUGGGGCUGACCAAACUGGUGCAGACGGAGGGCUCGGUGGAGGGCAUGAAGCAGGAGCUGAUUGCACUGCAGCCCCAGCUGAUCAAGAAGAACAAGGAGGUGGGUGAGCUCAUGAUCGUGGUUAUGACAGUGCACAACUCCUUGUGCCCGUCCUUUGUCACGCAAAAUUCCCAAGUAGCCACCCUUUGCCUCUUGUAGCACUGUUUGCAUGACGACUUCUGGUAGCUCAAAUAGCACUACAAUCCAGUGCAAAUUUGUCAUGCAAAACCUGCAUUCGUGCUGAGCUGAGCUGACCCUGACACUUGUAUCGAUGUUCAUGCUGUAUACAAAUCAAUGAGGGGGACGGGGAGUUGUGCACUGUCAUAGUGGUGGCGAAAGAGACCGAAGACGCCGAGAAGGUUAAGGUGGUGGUGGCCGCCGACGAAGCGGUCGCGAACGAGGCCGCAGAAGCUUCAAACGCUAUCAAGGUCGAGUGCGAGGCGGGACUGGCUGAAGCUAUGCCAGCGCUGAACAGUAAGUAUCCAUUUCGAAAAUACGACGCGCAUUGUUUUACGAAAAAUAUUUUGACUGCAGCGUCCACUAAAUCCUAAAUGUAUAAUGAAGAUGAACUCAAACAAAUACAAACUUCCGCAACACAAGAAUCAAGGAGCUGACGAUGCACUUUGCCUUGCUUCAUUUGCAAAAGUGCGGGGUUUUUGUUCGUCUUCGUCCGUGCACCCCGGCGGUCGAGCUUGUAGCUUCAAAAAGUAUGGAAUAAUAAAGCUUGCUCUUGUUACUUUUGCGUAUUGGUCCCAUCACUCUCACUCACACUCUCUCAGGUGCCCUCAAGGCGUUGGAUACGUUGACGCAGAAAGAUAUCACAGAGAUCAAGGCCAUGAAGAACCCUCCGUCGCCAGUGAAGCUGGUUCUUACGGCGGUGUGUAUCAUGAAGGGCAUUGCUGCUGUGAGGGAACCGGGUCCCGACGGAAAGAUGGUGAUGAACUUCUGGCCCAGCAUCGUGAAGAUGAUUUCCGACCUAUCAGAAUGAGCACAGAUGAAGCACCUGUUUGUACCCUGAGAUUCGUUGACGCUGGCGUGCACCAAUGCACUCACAUCGAUAGAAGGUCCGAAAGAAAACAUUACAACCUUCGGAAACGAAUGUGCACUGACCACCUCAAUUUGUCGUUGUGUCAUGCCUUUGUUUUUGUCAUGCCGCAGAGGAUGCGAGUGAAAGCGAAUCUGAAUGCGUCUCUCUCCUGAGGUCGCUCAGCUUUUGUUUUUUGUGGAGCGCUUGAAAGUUGAUGAAACUCCAAGAGUUAGAGUUACAGUUGCUUUAUUUUCAAUGUUUUUGUGGUAAGUAAGGGCAACGGAAAAAAGGGUCGCAGGUGCUACUUCACGUCUUUCAGAUGCAUAGGACACGAAAUUUUUGGAGAGUCUUCGCGUAUACGACAAGGACAAUAUGGAUCCCAAGAUCGUCGCAAAAGUGGCCACCAUGAUCGAUGACGAGGACUUUCAGGUCGCACGGCUCGAGAAGGUGUCCAAGGCUGCCACAGGGAUAUGUAUGUGGGUGCGGGCCAUGGUGACUUACGAUCGUGUGGCAAAGGACGUAUUUCAUGAUUAAGUAAGUAAAGAGUACUAGUACUCACUCAGCUCCUGCUUGCGCAACCUGAACUUUCUCAAGCGCGAACGGUGCGUCCCGUGUCGACAUUGUGUCUUUCUUGUUGCCUGUGCGUGAUGAUUUUUCAAUUGAUGGCUGCUAUCUAGAUAGAAUGUUGCUGGAAGUUGUUCCAGUUCUUCCAUUCUCGCCACUGGAAAACUUGGAAGGUCUCUUUAGUUCUUGAAUGCUAUGCACUAUUCACAGUCUUUUUUGUCUUGGCGAAACGGUCGGAAUCUUCAUCUUACUUCCUCGGAAAAACAAACACAGAUUGCCCCGAAAAAAGCGAAGCUCGCAGUUGCGGAAGGAGAGUAUGCAGCGGUGAUGGCCAAGUUGGAGGUGAAACAGGCGGAACUGAAGAAGAUCGUGGACAUAUCCUGAGUAAAAACGUACCCACACCAGAGUUGUAAUGCAAAUCUGCAUGCUGAAAAUGUUUCUCAUGCGGAGCCCCAUGAGAAGCAUUUUCUAGUCGUGUUUUGCAAUUUGUCAUGCUCCAAUCAGCAUGGUAUGCUAGAUCUGUGAUGCUGCUGAGCUAGCUCAAACAGCACUACACUACGAAUCCAAAUUUGUCAUGCAAAACAGCCAAAACUUGUGGAUUUGUCUAGCCGAUUCCCCAUCUUGACUAUGGUGUGGGUACGUUUUUACUCAGGAUAGGACAAGUUAACGGCUUUGGAAAAUCAACUGAAUGGGUUGAAGCAGGAGCAGGACGACCUGGCGUACCAGGUGGAUCUGUGUCAGAAAAAGCUGGAGCGCGCGGAGCAGUUGAUCUCUUCCCUCGGCGGCGAGAAAACGCGGUGGACCGCAAGCAGCGCGAUCCUGGCCGACGACUACGUGAACUUGACGGGGGACGUGAUCGUCUCUUCGGGUUUGAUUGCCUACCUGGGCGCCUUCACGCCGGAGUUCCGAGAGGAGGCGGUACUGAACUGGGCGACGAUCACGAAGGGCAAGGAAAUCCCGGGCAGCGAGACGUUUUCGCUGCAGGGCAUCCUCGGCCAGCCGGUGAAGAUCCGGAACUGGACCAUCUGCGGGCUGCCCAACGACUCCUUUUCCAUCGAGAACGCGAUCAUUUUAGACAAAGCCCGGCGGUGGCCUCUGUGCAUCGACCCGCAGGGGCAGGCCAACAAGUGGAUCAAGAAGAUGGAGGCCGACCGCAAAAUUGCGGUGGCCAAGUUCACCGACGGCGACUACCUGCGAAAACUGGAGACCAGCAUCCAGUUCGGGAACCCCUUCCUGAUUGAGAACGUCGGGGAGGAUACGGAUCCCGCCGUGGAGCCGGUCCUGCUGAAGCAGACCUUCAAGAAGGGCGGCAUGACCAUGAUCAAGCUCGGGGAGUCCAUUAUCGAGUACUCCAAGGACUUUUUCUUCUACAUGACCACGAAGCUGCGGAAUCCGCACUACCUCCCUGACGUGGCCGUGAAGGUGACGCUGCUGAACUUCAUGAUCACGCUGGUGGGGCUGCAGGACCAGAUUCUCAACUUCGUGGUGAAGGAGGAGCGGCCCGACCUGGCGGAGGAAAAGGAAAAACUGGUGCUGGAGGGCGCGGCGAACAAGAAAGCGCUGGAGGACUGCGAGAACGAGAUCCUGCGCGUGUUGUCGGAGUCCCAGGGCAACAUUCUGGAGGACGAGUCCGCCAUCAACAUUCUGAAGGAGUCCAAGGUGAUCGCCAACGACAUCGCCGCCAAGCAGGAGGUGGGCGCCGCCACGGAGAUCAAGAUCGACGAGGCGCGCGUGACCUACGUGCCGGUGGCCUUCAAAGCCAGCGUGAUGUUCUUCUGUAUCCAGGACUUGGCGAACAUCGAUCCCAUGUACCAGUACUCCCUGCCCUUCUACACGGCUUUGUUCCUCAACUCCAUCGAGCGCGCCGAAAAAGCCUCGGAGCUGGACCAGCGCAUCUUAUCAAAUGAAAAUAUGUCUGGGUCUGGAAACCUGUGAUGCUAAAAUGUGGAUGAUGGAAACAGUUCCGACUGCAAUUUAGCAUGACAACUUUCCUCCAGAACGCUUUCUCAUAGGCAAUCCGCAUGAGAAACUGCGUGUUUGCUGCAUGUACAAAAGAGGCUGCGACUUUUGUUGGUUAUGCAAUACAGAUUUCCUAGAUAUGGAAGGCUAGCAUUACAAGUUCCAAACUUCCAGACCCAGACAUAUUUGCAAUGCAUACAUCUUCAACAUCAACGACUUCUUUCGCCUCAACCUCUACCGCAACAUUUGCCGCAGUCUGUUUGAAAGGUAAGCUAAUAGCAGUAGUCGUUGUAGUACCAGCUUCGAACUAUUGUUCAUUGGAAGCUAUAAUUAAUAGUAGGCCGGGUGGUCGUGGUGCGUAGAAGUUGCUGCAUCCACGUUACUGAAGAUGAGUGUUAGUCAGUGCUGUGCGAAGAUGUCCUCGAGGGUGUAGCUAAAGCUAUCUGGGGUGCUUGCAAUCUUCAAGCUGCGCAUGAUGGACUUGGUCGAUAAUUUUUACAGGCACAAGUUGCUGUUUUCGUUCCUUCUGUGCGCACGACUGUUUUUGGCGGAUGGCAUAAUAGACAUGUCAAACUAUCGAUAUCUGUUGACCGGCGGCGUGAGUAUGGAGCAGCCGCCUGAGAUGCCGGCAUCUUGGAUUCCUGUGAGAACUUGGGCAGAGGUCUUCAAGCUGGGAAAGGUUGCAGAGAAAUUUGAAGGCGUCGACACGAAGUUUACCGAGGAGCUGGAACUGAUGAAACAAGCCUACGACGAUACAGAUCCAUUAAAUGUAUCUCCUUUCAUGUUUCAACAUUUUUUCCGUCUCCGUUCCUUUAUAGCACAGCUGGAAAUAGUAUAUAAUUCAUUGUGCAUCAUUCAGCAUCGAUCUAUUUCAAUCGCACGGAGCCCUCGUAUCAAGAUUCAAGAACGCAUCGAUGAUUUUUCAUCGAAGAAUCGUAUCUCGUUCGCAAUUUUGAGCGACAGUGUCUGUGUGUCAACGUCAACACAAUAUCAAUGAUACGACAGAAAUUGCGUGCGCUCGCGCCAAAAACCCUGGAGGGGUUUGACGACUUUGAGGAGCUGAUGUUUCUGCGCGCCUUCCGGCCAGAUCGGCUCGUGCCCGCGAUUAUGCUGUACGUCGCCGGCAAGCUGGGCGAGGAUUUCGUGAACCCGCCGCCCUUUGACUUGGCCGGGAGUUUCGCGGACAGCAGCAACGGCAUUCCGCUGGUGUUUGUGCUGUCGCCCGGCAGUGACCCGAAAGCGGCACUGGACAAGUUUGCGCUGGAGAAGGGCAAGGAGAUCCAGGCGAUCUCGCUGGGGCAGGGGCAGGGGCCCAAGGCCGAGAAGCUGAUGGCGGACGGAAAGAAGGACGGCGGCUGGGUGUUGCUGCAGAACUGCCACUUGGCCACCAGUUGGAUGCCCAAACUGGAUAAGAUGCUGGACCAGCAGGACGCGCGGAAGCUGCACAAGGAAUACCGGUUGUGGCUCACCUCGUACCCAUCAAACCAGUUCCCGGUGGCAAUCUUGCAGAACGGGCUGAAAAUGACGAACGAAGCACCCAAGGGACUGCGAUCCAACCUCACCGGGUCGUACCUCAUGAACCCGAUCUCAGAUCCGGACUUCUUUGACGGGUGCAAGAAACCUCGGGAAUUCAAGCGCCUGCUCUACGGUCUCUGCUUCUUCCACGCAGUCAUCUAAGUCGAGUAAAAAGAGUCGUACUAGUCAGUGGUACUAGGAGUCCUCCGCUCGGAGUAGAGUUCUUGUCUCUCUACUUCCAAGAGGCGACGGUAUAUUUAUCCAGGGCGCUGUGGUCGUGACCGUGAGCUGGCCAUACCAGAAUACACGUCAGGCUUAGGUUUGCAUGUUGCAGGGCCAGGGUUUCUACUGGUGGUACGGUCCGAUUAGGGUCCUGGUAUGUCAUAGAUACUCAUAGUAAUCCACUUGCAGCAACUACUAGUACACUUUUUCGCAGGAUAUGGAUCAGGAGCGGAAACUUUUCGGCCCUCUCGGAUGGAACAUUCCCUACGAAUUUACAGAAAACGACUUGCGCAUCUCAGUCAUGCAGCUCAAGAUGUUCAUAGACGAACAAGAGAAGAUGCCGUUCAAGGUACACACAAUGCAUUCUGAUUUUUCUCCGUUUAUUAUGUUAUUUGUACUUGUAAGUAGCAAGGGCUUAUUUAUUGAGACAGCGUAUUCAUUGUUGUUUGUACUUGUCGCUGCGUCUUAAGUCAUCAAUUUUGUAAAAAGCAAAUGACGAAUCAGAAUCUGCAUCACGUUCCAUGUUGCUGAAAAAGACUAAAACACUCCUGUAUCUAGGCAAUAACCUACAUGACGGGCGAGUGCAACUACGGGGGCAGGGUUACCGACGGGAAUGAUCGAAUUCUGAUCAUGACCCUUUUACGGGACUACUUUGACGAAACCAUCUUUGAUGGGGAGUACCGCAUGGCCGGUGAGCCCCUGUACCCACUGACAGAAGACGAGGAGUUUGACGGUGUACUGGCACACAUCAAGUCUUUGCCAUUGGGUAGAUACUUUAUUUGAUUCUCGCACAAGCAGACAUAACUGCCUUGCUAAAAUAUUCCGCAAGUAUAAUAGAUGAAAGCACUCUCUCAGUUGGUUCUCGCUCGCUGUUGCUUAUGUGGUUUCUGUGCAUAACCUCCAUAAGGAAACUUGCACAGCGCGUCUCUAGCACUUUGAUUUCCGACCUCUGUAUAACAGAGCGUAGCCACUUGUGCGCGUUUUUCGCUGCAGACUUACUUCGAAAAAUGAAAAUCACAUUGUACUCUCAACACCAGUGACACCACCGGGCGUAUUUGGGUUCCACGAGAACGCGAAUUUGACCAAGGAGCAAGGGGAAACGUAUCAGAUGAUGUCUGAUCUGCUGAAGACCGUCGGACAGGCCUCUGGGGGCGGCGGCGCGGGUCCGGAGGACUUGGUGCGGGAGGUGGCCAACGACAUUUUGGCACGGUUGCCGAAGCCGUGGAACAUCCCGGCCGUCCAGGAGAAGUACCCGGUCAUGUACGAGGAAAGUAUGAACACGGUCCUGUUCCAGGAGGUGACCAGGUACAACAAGUUGACCAACGUGAUUCGGGAGUCCCUGAAGGAGAUUCUGAAAGCGCUGAAGGGUCUGGCGCUGCUCAGCGCGCAGCUGGAGGAGGCGUUCUUCAACAUGUUCGAUGGGAAGACGCCGGUGAUGUGGCUCGCGUCCUCGUAUCCCUCGCUGAAGCCGCUGGGAGGGUACGUGAGCGACCUCCUCGAGCGCCUCAAAUUCUACCAGAACUGGAUCGACCGCGGGAAGCCGGCGCUCUUCUGGAUCUCCGGCAUUUUCUUCACGCAGGCUUUCACCACCGGCGCGUCGCAGAACUUUGCUCGAAAAUACACAAUCCCCAUCGACACCCUGAUCUUCGAUUUCUACUACCCAAAGGAGCAAAAACCAACGAAGCCACCUGGUAAUUUUAUAUGAUUUUUACUUCUUCACGAGGUAGGAGCACAUGAAUUUAAGUACAGAUGAACAUUGCAUGAACUUUUCCAUGAGAAAUUGUGUUUUUCUGAUGUUGCUUUGACUUGUGAUGCCAACGCCAGUGUCCAUUUCAUUUUCAAUUGUCUACGCACAAAGACAGACAGAUGAUUGAACUGCGCUAAUGCUCUGUCUGGCAACACUUACAGCCGACGGCGUGUAUACAUAUGGGCUAUUCCUGGAGGGAGCGAGAUGGGACUGGGACGAGUGGGCGCUGGCGGAAUCGGAGCCUAAAGUGCUGUUCACGUCCGUGCCGAUGGUGCACAUCACGCCCUGCAAAAAGGACGAGCUGCACGAGUUCCGCUUUUACUCUUGUCCGGUCUACAAGAUCAGCACCCGCAGAGGCGUCCUGUCGACAACCGGUCACAGUACCAACUUCGUCAUGCCUUAUGCAUUGCAAACAUGUUUGGGUCUGGAAGAGUGGAAGUUUGUCAUGCAUUUCACAGCAGAUUUUUAACUCUGUGAUGCAUAACCAGAAAGAAAGCCUGUGGAAUGUCAUACAAGAACGCAGUUUUCCAUUCGGGAAACGAAACACAUUGGAGGUCAAAAACUUGUCGUGCUCGGCUACGCAUCCAUUGCAGUGCGCCCACCUUUCACAAACUAGCAUGCCAAGUUUCGAGACCCGGAGAUAGUUGCAAUGCAUACGCCUAUGCGCGUGCCCAUUCAAGAGACGCACGAGGCCAAGCAUUGGGUCAAGCGCGGCUGCGCCAUGCUCACAUCUCUCGACGUGUGAAGAGGAAGCACUGGCUGCACCAUCAAAAAUGAAACUGUAUCUGUGGCUUUGAUUUUCAUAUCAAAGAAAGCAAUAAAUCCAAAGUACGAAACUGAAUCUGAAUAUUAGACAAACCUUGCUUAUUACAUUCUGAAUUCAACGAAACUUACUCUUACAGCGAGCACAAAAGUCAAAUAAAUGCUUACGAAAAUAACAGCGAGAUGAACUUCUACUUGACCUGAUCCUGAAAGAGCCAUCCACUUUCGAUAUGACCACGAGAAAUAUCUUGCGCAAUUACAAACACAAGUAAUUUCCUGGCUUACAUAUUGGUUUCCGCAAAUUCCUAUUUACAAUCAGAUACUCAUGAGUUUUCGCGUCAAGAACUUGCACUAUGUCAACAACUUAAUCAGUCUGCCCAAUUAGCGGGUAGCAGAAUGAAAGGAGUCUUUUCAUCAAUAGCUUCAGUUUUACCUACAACCUCGGGAUAACCGUGUAAAAUUUUAUUCUUCUUUGACUUUCUUCAGUUUGAUAUGAUGGUUUUGGUUUGGUAGUGGUACUGAUUGGUUUCCUUACAACAUUCAGUCGCAGUUGGCCCGCUACCUGGGGGAGAUGUCGUGCGGUAGAAGAAGGCGGUGGUGGGACUCCCCGCGGGAAAUCGAACCAGCUGGCAUUUCAAACGCAAAUAGUACCUUGG